AUGGUGGAGUGCAGGCAGUCUUCUCCGUACAUACUCGAUACAGCCAGUUCCAGACCGAACAUACUGCAUGCCUCGACUGUCGAGACGGCCGACAUCCCGCGCGAUGCAGUCCAGUUUGGGGUCAAGGUCAGCAGCAGGGUCAAGGCCGGCAAGGUCAAGGUCGAGUUCGAAAAAUCCAAACCUCCAAGACCACAGGAGACCGAGGCUGGGGUUAUUAGCGCGGCCAUGGCGGGCAUGGCCAAGGCCGCGGCCAAGCUCUGGUCAGCAAGCCCAAGUCCAGUUCCAGAAGAUUUCGCCAACAUUGGCUACCGUUUCAUCCAGGACUGGGCUGCCACCCAACACCAUUGCCCACGGCCCGGCCUUCCCAUCAAACGCCGGCGUUCCGUUCCAAGGGCUUCCCCCAGAGAGCCCAACCCUGCCCGUGCUAGUGUCGACAUGGCACGUCGAUAA